UGCUAGCGAGGCGGAGCUUGCGGCUGGGGGCGGGGCCUCGGCGGUGGAAGGUGCUGCGGCCGCUUCACCGCUCUGGCUCUGGACCCGGAGCGCGGAGGCAUCCUCGCAGCAGCUGCUAACGCUGCUGCACCUGGUCAGGUGACAUUCACCCAUCACCGUUUUCUUCUGUCAUCAUUUUAUCAUCGUCACAACCAUCACCAUCAACGUCAUCUCCUCUGCUACCAGAACUCUCUAGUUCUCCAAAGGCCGACUCUGUUCCUUUAUGCAGCCUUACUUCGGGAGAGGACUGGCAGCUGCCUAGCCACCAUCACAUGCCUCUCCUCCGGAGCUGACCACAGACCAGCAUCUCCACAGCAUGAAUAAUUAGGUAGGCAUAAUGGAAGGCACUCACUGCACCCUCCAGUUGCAUAACCCCAUCACUGAACUCUGCUAUAUCAGCUUCUAUCUUCCAAAGGGGGAAGUCAGAGGAUUUUCAUACAAGGGCACUGUAACUCUAGACAGAUCCAAUAAUGCUUUUCAUAACUGCUACCAAGUCAGGGAGGGGCCAGACAUCACCAGCCUCAGCCAGCAGCCGAACGAACAUCCAGGCGACAUCUUUUUCAAACAGACUCCUACAAAAGACAUUCUGACCGAGCUCUACAAGCUCACAGCAGAGAGAGAGAGGCUGCUGGACAGUCUGCUGAGGUCAGACCACAUCCUGGGCAUUUCAAUGGGGAGCCAGGAGGGGAAGUUGCAGGAGCUGUCAGUGAGCCUUGCCCCCAAGGAAGACUGCUUGCAGAGUGCUGGCAACUUGAGCAGAGAGCUCCCUGCGAGCUCUUUCAUUAGGAGGAGCACCCAAGGGAGCAAAAAGCCCCGGAGGACUGGCAGGAGGAGAGAGAGCCCUGAGGAGCUCCGGCUGAAGAGAACCAGGAGGAAAGGGCGUGGCCAUCAGGAGUCAGCUCCUCAGAUGGGGAAGGGCCAAGUCUGUUCCAAUAGCUCUCUUUCUCCUUCUCGAGCUAGGCCUGACCUUAGGCUCCUAGAAGAAACAGGAAAUUUAGUUCCUCAGGGAACGCUCACGUCUUCCUUACGGAGGCGAGAGAGCUGCCCAGCCAAUAUCCUCAGGACGUCAGAUGCAGACCUGGGCUUCGGAAGCUCUGGGAGGACCUCAGAGGACACUGAUCUGGAAGGACCCCUGUCCCCUGACAGCAGCCCCGCUGAGGUAGGAGGUGCUGGCGUUGGAGGGCAGCUCCAAAGUCCUCCUCAUAAGCAGGAGCCCCCACAGCCAAGUUUGUCUGAAAGUCAUGAGAAACAUUGUGGGGCCGAGAGGUGGGGCGGCGGGACUCGAAAGUCAAAGUCAUUGGAGCGGACUUGCAGGAAGAAACCUGUUUCCAAAGUGGUGGCCAAGGUCCAGGAGCUGUCUGCUCCAGUGCAAAGAGUAGUUAGGGUGCAUCCUGACGGCGAGGGAAGGGUUGCCUUUUGCCCACAGACCCAAACUGAGUUCCUCCCGAAAGCUGACUUCCUCACCCUCCCAGGAGCUGAGGCUGAGCCUCAUAGUUCCAGGAGGCUGGGGGAGGAACAGCGAGGGGUCCGACCAGUGCAGCCCUCAACCACCGAAAGAGCCUCCGUUACCAGCGAAUCAGCCGGCAGCACCGAGGGGGCUGUGAACAAGGUUCUCCGGAAGGUGAUAGAGAGUGAGAAGUUAGAUGAAGCCACCGAGGGGAGAAGGUUGGGCUUCUCUCUCAACACAAGGGCCACCUACGCUUUCCCAGAAAGUAGAAGCCAAAGGAAGGCUGGGCUACCCCAGGGUGGCCAUAAAUUCUUGCUUCUGGAUCUACCCCACGCUGUAGGUCCUGAAGCCCCACAACCCAAAUGCGAUGAGAGGAAGCCAACCCCCCAAGCACCAACAGCUCUCGGCAUGGUAUUUAAUAAUUCAUCGCCUCAGCCCAGCGCACACAAACGGCUGUCACCUGUUCCCUCGCCUCUGUCUCCAAGGUGCCCCAGCCCACAGCAGCACCACAGGAUUCUCCCGCUCCCUCCACUGCCUAGUGAGGGAGAAGCUGUUUUUAAUGAACGCCCUAAUAGGAAGAACGGAGUCUCCUCUGGGUUUCCUUCUGCUGACACCUUGGAGCCAUCCUCUUCUACGAAGGUCACGGAGGCCAAAGGAGCCAGCCCGACUUCCCUCAGAGCAAGCCAGACUUGGCUGGUGCCUGAGGAAGCAGCGUCAGAAAAAAGCUUGGAGCAGCAGGAGAAGAUUACAGCUCCCCCGCAGCACCAGUUGCCACCAGGUAUCCCCUCUGAAGGCUUUCCCUGUGACAGCUUCAACGAGAAGACAGUGAAAGACCUUCCCAACAAGGAUGGAGGUGCUUCGGUCCUGGGUUACAGAGCCGGACCACUCUGUCCGUUUAUGCUCCAUGAAGAAAAAGAAAAACCAAGUAGAAGUGAAUUGUACUUGGAUCUCAACCCUGACCAGAGCCCCACGGAGCAGGAUGACAGGACUCCAGGCAGACUCCAAGCUGUCUGGCCACCCCCAAAGACAAAGGACACAGAAGAAAAAGUGGGACUGAAGUACACCGAAGCAGAAUACCAGGCUGCUAUCCUACAUCUGAAGAGGGAACACAAAGAAGAAAUUGAAAACCUGCAGGCUCAAUUUGAACUUAAGACAUUUCACAUCCGGGGUGAGCAUGCAUUAAUAACAGCGAGCCUUGAAGAAACCAUUGAAAAUCUCAGGCAACAGUUAGAAAACCGCUGGGGAGGAAGAGGGUGUGAGGAGAUGAGAGAUGCAUGCAUCUCCACUGAUGAUGACUGCUCUCCGAAGGCCUUCAGGAAUGUGUGUAUCCAGACAGACAGACAAACAUUUCUCAAGACCUGUGAUGGUGAAAGCAAGACAGCCAGAAGCAAUCAGAUAGUGCCGAAGAAGCUGAAUAUCUCACUAGCCCAGCUCUCUUCAUCAAAAGACAGUAAGGACACCCCACCUCAGACAAGAGAAGGCAUCUCAUGUAGUCAGCAGAAGACAUCGUCUCCCCCACCCCCGCCACCACCUCCUCCUCCCCCCAUCCCUCCCCCUCCGCCUCUUCCACCUGGACUUGGACCUUUGCCACCAGCACCACCCAUAUCACCUGUGAGUGCUGGAUCACCUCUACCACCACCUCCACCUCCUCCACCACCUCCCCUGCCUCCAAGUGCUGGGCCUCCCCCGCCUCCUCCUCCACCACCACUUCCUAUCAGUGGAAGUCUUCUUCCUCCUCCUCCACCACCACCACCGCCUCCCUCAGGACUCGUACCACCACCUCCUCCUGGACUGUCCUUUGGACUCAGCUCUUCUUCCAGCCAGUGUCCCCGUAAACCAGCCAUUGAGCCCAGCUGUCCCAUGAAGCCUUUGUAUUGGACUAGAAUACAAAUAAGUGAUAAGAGCCAAGAUGCCACACCAACUUUGUGGGACUCCUUAGAAGAACCUCAUAUUAGGGACACCAGUGAAUUUGAAUAUUUAUUCUCCAAAGACACAACUCAACAGAAGAAGAAGCCCCUGUCAGAGACCUAUGAGAAGAAGAACAAAGUGAAAAAGAUCAUCAAGUUAUUGGAUGGAAAACGAUCUCAAACUGUGGGAAUCUUGAUAUCCAGUUUACAUUUAGAAAUGAAAGAUAUCCAACAGGCCAUAUUUAAUGUGGAUGACUCUGUGGUUGACCUGGAGACCCUGGCGGCCUUAUAUGAAAAUCGAGCCCAAGAAGACGAACUGACUAAAAUAAGGAAGUACUACGAGACAUCCAAAGAAGAAGACUUGAAGCUGCUAGACAAGCCCGAACAAUUUUUGCAUGAGUUAGCCCAAAUUCCCAAUUUUGCUGAGCGCGCCCAGUGCAUAAUCUUCAGGGCUGUGUUUUCCGAGGGCAUCACAUCCUUACACCGAAAAGUAGAGAUUGUCACACGAGCCUCGAAGGGCUUGUUGCACAUGAAGAGUGUGAAGGAUAUCCUAGCUCUCAUUCUGGCUUUUGGAAAUUAUAUGAAUGGAGGAAAUAGGACGCGAGGGCAAGCAGAUGGAUAUAGUUUAGAAAUUCUGCCCAAACUCAAAGAUGUCAAAAGUCGGGACAAUGGGAUGAACCUGGUGGACUAUGUUGUGAAAUAUUACCUGCGGUACUAUGAUCAGGAAGCUGGGACAGACAAGAGUGUUUUCCCACUGCCUGAACCACAGGAUUUCUUCCUGGCCUCCCAAGUCAAGUUUGAAGACCUCAUAAAAGAUUUGAGAAAACUGAAGCGACAACUAGAAGCAAGUGAGCAGCAGAUGAAGCUGGUGUGUAAGGAGUCCCCAAAAGAGUAUCUGCAGCCUUUCAAGGACAAACUGGAGGAGUUCUUCCAGAAAGCCAAAAAAGAACAUAAAAUGGAAGAAAGUCACUUGGAGAAUGCACAGAAAAGUUUCGAAACAACAGUGGGAUAUUUUGGAAUGAAGCCAAAGACUGGAGAGAAGGAGAUCACCCCCAGCUAUGUGUUUAUGGUGUGGUUUGAGUUCUGCAGCGACUUCAAGACCAUUUGGAAGCGGGAGAGUAAGAACAUAUCUAAAGAGAGGUUGAAAAUGGCUCAGGCAUCUGUGAGCAAACUGACCUCAGAGAAGAAAGUGGAGACAAAGAAAAUCAAUCCCACCGCUAGUCUGAAAGAAAGACUGCGUCAGAAGGAAGCCAGUGUGGCCACCAACUAAGAUUAAAGCAGAAGGAAAUUGCAGUGUGACAGGAGGCACUUCAGUGCUCCUUCAGACACAAGCGCCAAGGGGAGUUCCUGAGAUGUCUGUCACAGAACAUUUGCUUAUCUCCUUCUGAGGUCACCUGCAGAACGCGCCUUGUGCCUUCUUUGAGAAGUCCCUUGUCAGCCAUGGGAACAAUACAAAGCUAUGUAUAGGAAUAUUACAGGAAUAUUUAAUAAUUCUUCCUUAUGCAAGUCCAAAGUCUACCCUAUAAUAAGAUCAGGAGAUAUGCCUUUUUUCACAUUUUAUUUAAAGCUGAAAUUCUAAGCUUUCCAAUGUACAACCUUGUCAUGCAAAAAAUUCUUUUAUGCUGAUUGCCUUGAGAGAACUCAAGCUUUGAUCCUCACACACUAUAGUUUUUUGUUGAUCUUAAUUUUGAUCCUGUUGAACCAAGAUCCUAUGGCAUUUUCACCAAAAAUGUUCACACUUACCAGAACUGUUUUUUAAGAGGUUUAGUACUGUGUAUCUCCCAGACUAGGAAAAUAAUUUUUGAGGAUGAUGAUGAUGGUGAUGAUGAUGAUAUAAUGAAAAGGAAAGAAUUGAAAUUUCACAUGGGUGGAGAGAGAAUAAUAACCAUAAACCUUAUUCUGGACAAGGAGUUACAAUGCUGGGAGUGAACACCAGCCAUGAGAUAGACCCAUUCAGUUAACAUGGCUUCCCGGCCAGUAGAAAAUCUAUACCAACUUUAAUAGAAACAGGGCAGGGAUGGACUUGGAUCAAGAGUACUCACUUGGGUGAGGAACUAUGUGGUUGUAAAUACAUUAUGGAUGGAGAAUGAAUGCUAUGCUGACAUUCAAAUGAUGUCUACAUUGUAUUCUACUACUUGUGGCCCAGUCUCUUCCACCACCCCAAGAAGUGUCCAGACAGGAGAGUAAAUGCUACUCUCUACUGUGAUUAUGACCUUAACUCAUAAGCUUGUGAAGGAAGAUAACGAGGGACUAUUUGGUAUCUAAAAACUUAUGAGCAGAAAAAAAGUUAUUUCCAAUAAAGUGAAAACAAGGAGGGUAUGUUAAUAUUAGCCUGUGAAUGGAAUGUCAGGGACAGGUUAUUUUUUCUAACUCUAGCCCUUAAAUCACAGAGAAAAGCCACUUAGAUAUUUUUUUCCUACAUUUUCUCCCCUAAGCUACCCCUGUUUGGGAGAAUAAGAAAUGGGACUGGGAAAGAACUGAGGACUGUGUUGAAGACUGCUUAAAAACCUAAGCCUUGAUGUAGUGAAAGACUAUGUUUUCUUUUCUUGUCGUUGGAGACAGUCUAGAGUUGCUCAGCAUCUUGCAUCUUUUGUUGAUCUGGCUAUCUCUGUCUGCCUCGUGCGGUUUGCCUCUUGUCUCAGCAACUUUCUAGAAACUUUGAACUUGCCAGAUACACUAAGUGUCUUCCCAGAAUCUGCCUGCCAGUCAUCAGCCCCCAACUCAGGGACACUCCCGAUAACAGAUACAAGCUAAUAAAAGCAGUACCAUAGCCUGAUGUUGGGCAAACCUUGUGAAGCAAGAGUAGCUGGCAUCUAAUAAGUUACAGAUGCUAUUUUCAUUCAGGUGCUAACUGUCUUUCGGUUGCUCAAAGGAGGGAGUAUGGCUGCAUGGUUUAUUUUAAUCAAAACGAAGGGAUGAGACAAAAUAGACAACCAGAUAAGGAACUUGGCAUGACUAGAUUGGCUUGACAUUGCCGGUCUUUUCCCAUUGCUUCUUGAUAUUGUUUCUCUUCGUUCUCACUCUAACUAUGAAGAAGAGCAAGAGCCUUCGCAAGCAAGGUCAAUUCCACCUGCAGGCUCCCUUCACUCCAUGGUGUCCUUGUUAGCAUCGAAGUGUAAAUGAAAAAUGCAGUUUUGUCUAUACCCCAGGAAUCACCUCAGCAUUCCAUGAGAGCUGCAUAUGCAUAGAUCUUUAUGGAUCCCGUGAAUGGGAUGAGUAGGAGCAGAAGGCUUUUGGUGGUGUCAAUGCUACCUGACUCAGAUCUCUAAUGUGCACAUGAGUCGUCAUAGAUGGCACUGUCUCUCUGCCCUUCUAGGACACGGCAGAUCCUGCAGGCUAUCAGGAAGUAGAUCAUACCAUUGGGGUUGGGGAUGCUUUGUUUCCCAGCAUCCUAAGUCUGUUCUGUAGUAUUUAUCCUGCCCCCUUAAAAAGUCAAAGAUAAAAUCAAUUAGAAUAAGGAUGCUUCAGAGAUGGCUCAACAGUUAAGAGCAUGUACUGUUCUUGUAGGUGGUCCGAAUCUGGAUUCCAGUGCCCAUGUUGAGUGGCUCACAAUCACCUAUAACUCUAUCUUGGGGAAUCUGCCAUCCUCUUCUGUUUUCCAUAGGCAGCUGCACUCACAUACACAGAUGCACACACAGUCAUACAUGUACCAUACAGAGACGUACAUAUAUUCACAUAAUUAAAAAAUAAAAAUAAAUCUUAAAAUACCAACAGGGGACAUGAUAUGGCAAAAUAAAUUUAAAAAAAAAAACACUAAAAGUAUAGUUUUGUCCCAAAUAUCUCAUUUUACAAAGUAGUUUAAAUUCUGUUAAAAAACACUAGCAAGAAGUAUAUGUUUCCUUUUUUUUUUUUUUUUUUUUUUUUUUUUUAGUUUUUCAUUUUACUUUGCCUAUACUUAUCAAAGAAAACAAUACCAAAAGAUGACGGGAAAGCCUAUGUUUCCAUAGAUUUGGUAAUGUACAAAUAAGUGUAAUUAUUGGAUCACAAAACAGAGACUAUGAAAUCCAAAGUGGCAGCAUCCCUAAGGAAGUAGAUAUGAAAUUGAAUGGCCAUGAUGGCUGCUGGGAGGGAGCAAAGCUCCUGGCAUCCUCACCGGAGACUGCAGCUUAUGCCGGCCAUUUUUCCUAUGAAAGAGCCUAGGAUUGUCUUAGGAGACUCAGUCUAGAAAAUGCCCCUUAGAGAAAGGCAUGGUGUCCUGGAGUUGGGUGUGUCUGUGUUCUUCCUAUGAAGUCUCCUAAGAGGAGCUUAUAAAUGAGUAGAACAUCAGAAGACCAGGCAAUUCAGAGUUCAGCUAUUUGGGCUUGAGGGACCCUGCAGCUAAGUAGAGUGUACUGGAUAAAGCAAUGAACUUUCACCCAUGCCAGCUACUUCAUCUGCAUAAAGAAGUCUGCGAUGCAGGUGAGACAGGUCUGUUCUGAAACUGAUGAGGUUCUAAAAGAAUGGAUUAACUUUUAGCUCUCACCAGAAGCAGAUAAUAUCGGAUAUGUUUUCACCUUUUGGUUAUAGAAAGAAACAACCCAGCUGCUUUGAAGCCAUGGCUGAUGUAGAAUUGAUUUAAAGAAAAUCACCUCCAAAACUCACCUCAGCAGCUCUACCCCCACUCAGACUUACGCAAGUGUUUUAAUGUUGGUGGCAAUUGGAUCCAGGCACAACCAUGCUCAGUUACACAGCUGCACAGGACCAAGAAGAACGUUUUGUGUCAUUCCUGCUUCCCUGUCGGCUGUUGACUCCUUGUCAGUACUUACUGGUUUCUUCAUUCUUCACUUCCCUCCGCAAGGAUGGGCAAUCUACCAGACUCUCUCGAGAUAACACUUUGCCAGGUAGGGGUGAAUUUAAGAGUUUCAGCGCGUUUCACACCAAGCCAGUUCAGUAGCCUUGUUUGUUCCAAGAUAAUGCCUUAUAUCACAUUUGGGGAAUAUGACUACUUAACAGCUUACUCGGAAACAUGGAGACGCUAAAACAGUAGCUCGCUGACUGGGUCUCUUCAGCUGUCAUCAGGCUUCUACCAAAAGAAUGACUAGAAAAGCAAAAGGAGCCAUGUGCUGUCCUUGAGCAUGCGUACUCGUGUGCAUCCCCCACUCUCAACUCAUCCCCAAACACUCUAUGGAGGACCAGUGCCACUGAGGCCCUUUUAUUUCUCUGUUUUCUCUUUCCUUCAGUCUGUAGCUCGCAUGAACCCUGCGAAAUUAAAAAAAAAAAAAUGAAUUCCAUAUCUUUGCUGUCAAAUAGUUGGUGCAGAAGAGACUGACCUAUCCUUAGUUAACUUGUUUGGUUUUAAGUAACAGACCACGCCUGCAUAUUCCAUACACUUCACGCUACAAACUCCAUCUGUCCUCAGGUAAUUGUCUGGUUUUCAGUCUUAAGUGUACAAGACUGGACACUGACCUGGCUGCUUCUGUGGUUCCACGGUUGUUGUUCAUGGUUCGUGUGACAUGCAAUAGCACUGGCAACCGAGACACGAGUGAGUCAGUGUGCUCAGGCAGAAAUGAACACCCCAAGGACAUGACAGGGAAUAGACCGGCUCUAGGACAUCAGGGGCGCCAUCUAGGCUGAGUGCUUACCUUAAGAAUUUCUUGUGCGCUCCACUUCUGAAGCUGUAAAAAUGUCUUAGAAUACACAUCCAAUAAAUAGUGCGAGUUUCCAAUGUGUUAUCUUGUACUUAUCAGGUAGGAAAUCAAGUGUAUGUCAACAUGGCUUAUCAAAGUCAUGGCUGCUCUCCAACGCUAUUUCCUCCCAGGACUUUCUUCAACUUCCUUGUUAGGAGGCGAGGUAUUUUUUAAUUGUUCACCUUAGUUGGCUUUCCACGUCAAUACUUCUCAAAGGCCAGCCCUGGAGACCACUGAGCACCCAGGGAGGUUUACUCUGCCUCCCCCUAGCAUCCCUGAGAGAUGUUCAGAAACGAGCAAUUCUGGAGGUCCGUGGAAUGAAUUUUAAUCUCUCUUAUGUCUGUACAGUGUACAAAAAGGAGCGCUCAGCAUGCACAAAUUAUACUGCUCAUCCAUCGAAAGGCCAAGAAGCAUUUAGAAUACUUGCAUUGUAGAUAUGUUUUGUGAACCACGAAUUAUCUUUUUUUCUAUUUUUUUUUAAAAGAUAUACUCAUUUUUAUUUUAUGAGUGCCUUCAUGUAUAUAUGUGCACCACUGGUGUACCUGGUGUCUGCAGAAGCCAGGAGGAGGCUGUUAGAUUCCCCUGGAACUGGAGUUACAAAUGGUUGUGUGCAACUGUGUGGGUACUUGGAACUGAACUUGGAUCUGCUGCAAGAGCAGCAAGCGCUAUUAACCACUGACCCAUUUCUCCAGCCCCCCUUCUGAUCAUCUUUCUCUGGAUAUAACCUAAGUUCUCCUGUCUGACCGUCAGUCUCGCUAGUGGUUCGAACUGAUCUUGGAAGGCAUUUGCUACUCUUGGAAACAAACCCAUAAGUAAAGAAGCAGGUCUUGAACUGAUUCUGCGGUGAUUCAAGUAGGAUUUCGGGGUCUACCAAAGGCAUAGGUUUCUUCCAAAAUCAUUAAUUUUAUAAUUCUGCCAGUUUAAAGCUUCCUGAGACACAAAGACUCCGCCCCUGCUGUCCUGCUGACCACUGGGUGUGAAAUCUUUGAGGCAUAGGCUUUCAGAAAAAAGGAUUUCCCUUUAAGGGAACAAUCUAAGAUACUCUCUGAGAGGCAGAAAGUUUACAAAUUAGACACUGGAUAUUUUUUAAGAACCUUCAGCGGAAGCAUGUCAUCAAUUCAUCACAGUCUUUUCCAGUCUUUGAGUUAUAAUCCAGACUAGUGUGGGAAGCGGCCUCCCUGAACUUUGAUUUAGGGAUCGUGUUUUGGCCUGGAAAAUAAACAUUGGCCUGCAUGUCUAGAAACUCCCUGAAGUCAGUUAGCAUCCUAAUACAAGUCAGAUGCUACAGAAAUGCAAGUCACUUCCAGUCAUUUAUGGUUUGGCUUGGUUCAGUUUUUUUUUUUUAAUUUUCUUAGCACCACCUGGGAUCACGGAGGCUGCUUCCUAAGAUUCAUGCAAGCUCCGCAAGCGUCUCCCAUCCACCUUCUGAGAUCUCAGGCAGUAUGGGAUGACUGAGGAAAACCAGCAAGCAGGAGAGAAGAAAAACUGAACAAAUCCAGUGUAGUGCUUUGCACGACUUUCACCAUGAUAGUGCCAGGGGCAGCUUUUAAUAGAAAUUGAAGUCAUUUGUAUUAGGAAAAUAGGGGUGUCCUGUAUGUUGUUAUAGCUCAAUGACAGACUCGGUGCUGCAAAGGCAGGUCCUCCAAUGAGACUGGGUCAUGCUUCAGAUUCUGUUACAGGUGUCACUUGGCCAAGGACCUUCUUGUUCCCUCUCAGGCUGCUCCCGAGCCCUCUCAGCACCCAGUGUCCUCUACCUUUCCUCCAUCCCACACUUCAUCUUCAGCCUCCCCUCCCUUCAUAGACCGCAGCCCUCUCCUGAAGGGCCCCUGCAGCUACCCUCUACCUCUGCAGCAUAGACACUGAAUGUCCCAUGUAACUCUCACACCCUGUGCUCCAGUGUUCAGUGUUUGGACAGAGCACCACUGUCACCAAGGAGCCUGUGUGAGACACACCGCCGAGACUGCCUCUCGUUAAUGUCACCAUCACCUCAUCACUUGGGCAAAGAGGGAAAAAUCCAUAAAGAAGGUGGAAAAUGCAUUAAUGCAUUUCGUUUUUCAUUUUGUUCUACUUUAUUAAAAAGGCCGGGUGUUCUGGUUCUUGGUUUCUCGUAGAUUUUUAAACUAUCUAAUUAGAGAACACUUUUGAUCCGUCACAGCAGGUCACCAUCCACGACAAGGCUAAAUCUCGGACUCUGAGCUUCCUGUGCUGCCGGACAAAUGGAGCUCUGUGCAAACAUUUUGAAUCGUAACACUUCUUAUCACCACUCCAUUCUUACUACCACUCAUGACUCAAACAUCUACCACCAUCUGAAUCGGGAUGUUGACAUUUUGUGGUUAUUUUCAGAUUAACAGUAACUUGUUAUGCUCUUAAAAGCACUCAUAGAAAGUGUAGCAUGUCCUGAAUAGUUUACUAUUUUGUCAUGUUAAGAUUCAGCCUUUCUGAACUUGAACUGUUAGACCAAUCUGUAGAUGUAGCGCUAACCAAUAGAAGGAAGACAGCUUUGGAAAGGAGAAGGCACUUUAGAGACAUGAAACCUUAUAUUACAUGCUCUUGGAUGUUUCUAAACUUAAUAAGCUAACUGAAUUUGGGUAUUUUCCAUUUAAGUUAAAAACAAUAUGUAUUUCUAAUUUGCAUAUUUAAUUUCAUCAACACUGAGAAAUGUUCAUGAGUUGAAUUUGUAAAUGUAAUUUGCAACCAAAUGAAGUAUUUAUUCUUAAAAAGAAAAGGUGAAGGAGCCAAUAUCAACUUGUACAUAGUGAAAAUAUGUGUGUAUAUAUAUAUUUUCUUCUCAACACUACUUGAUUAUUAUAUCAAGUGUAUUUUUGUACAUAAUAUAUAUUGGUUAGAAAAAUUUAGAUUGCCUAUUGAGAGAAAUUCUGUGAUGGAUUAUAUAUAUCCUAAUCUAUUCAUAUUCUGUUGAUUUGUUUUAAAAGAUAGAACUCUAUUUUUUUGAAUUUCCAAAGAAUUGCAUUCACAGCUUCAACUUGUAAAUACGCUAAGGGUAUUUUAAUAAAUCUUGGUUUCAUGUCCA